AUCAGUUCAUCAUCAUCAUCAUGCGAGUGAGAGAAAUAAGAAACUGUUAUGUAGUUAUAAUGGUUAUGAUACAAAUAGCGAGCUGGGUUUACGCAACAAGCAGGCAUAUUGAUUCCAAUCAAGUUUCUUUUCAUCCAGAGAGAAGUAGCCCACAGGCUGCAGAACACAAGUCUAUGAGGCCCAUAUUGAAGCCAAGCGAGAACAAGGAAAGAGAAGAGAUGGAGAAAGGAAGAAGAAUAGGAUCAAAGCCACCAAGUUGUGAGAAGAAAUGCUAUGGAUGUGAGCCAUGUGAAGCAAUCCAAGUUCCUACCAUUUCUUCAGUUCCUCACCUCUCUCCUCACUAUGCUAAUUACCAGCCUGAGGGUUGGAGAUGCCAUUGUGCCCCUUAA